UCUGGCAAUGCAACCAAACAAUUUUCUAUCAACUCUUACCUGAUGGUAAUGUGCAAAUGGGAGAUGCUCUCCAGUUUUACGAGACGCUGAAUAAUCCUAAUAACUUCUUUCUAGUUGAUUCACAAGCUUUGACAUUUAAGUAUAAGGCCUAUAUGAUCCUGUUCACGUCGCCGAAAACGGAAAGAUUUAAUGAGGCUGUCAAAUGGACGGGUUUUAAUGAAUACUUCAUGCCGAUUUGGGAUCAAGAAGAAAUCUUCACGCUUUGGGAUCUUCAAUACAAGAAUAAGAAAAAUAAGAACGGUGAAGAGUUCACACUUAAAUUAUUCGAUGAAUUGCUUGGCAAGUGGGGUCCAAUACCCAGAUCAGUUCUUUCAAAAUGGGAUAGUAAAGCAUAUCAGAACAAAUUCGAUAGUCUUAUUGAUAACUCCGACUUAGAAACAUGC